AUGGCCAAACUGCUCUCCUCCGCCUCGUCCCACGAGCUGCUCGCCCCGCCACCGGCCGUCUCCCUCCCCGUUGUCGACCUCUCCCUCAGUCACGACGAGGUCCGCCGCGCCAUCCUCGACGCCGGCAAGGAGCUGGGCUUCUUCCUGGUGGUCAACCACGGCGUUCCUGAGCAUGCGGUGCGGGAUAUGGAGGCGGUGUGCGAGGAGUUCUUCUGCCUCCCGGUGCUGGACGUGGCACCCUUCUACUCGGACGACAGACGCAAGCCCAACCGGCUUUUCUCUGGCACCACCUUCAACACCGGCGGCGACAAGUACUGGCUGGACUGCCUUCGCCUCGCCUCCACCUUCCCCGUGGGAGACAGCAAGAAUCACUGGCCCGAUAAGCCCCAAAGCCUUAGAGAGGUUGUUGAGACGUUCUUCCUGCUGACAAGAGGUGUGGGCAUGGAGCUACUGCGCCUUCUGAGCGAGGGCAUGGGGCUCCACCCUGACUACUUCGAUGGGGCCCUCAGCUGCGGUGAUACCACCAUCUCCCUCAACCAUUACCCAAGGUGCUCGGACUCGAGCCUCGCGCUUGGGCUACCGCCACACUGCGAUCGGAACCUCAUCACCCUACUCCUACCUGGUGUAGUCCCCGGUCUCCAAGUCUCCUACAAGGGUGAUUGGAUUAACGUCGUAACCAACGGGGUGCUGAAGAGCAUAGAGCACCGGGUGAUGACUAACUCGGUGAUGCCACGAAUGUCGGUGGCGGUUUUCAUCGAGCCGGAUGCGGAUUGCCUCAUCGGGCCCUCAGAGGAGUUCAUUGGCGAAGGAAACCCCAUGCGCUACCGUUCCCUCACAUAUCGUGAGUUCUUGCGCAUCCACAAUGUUGUAAAGCUGGGUUCAUCGCUCAAUCUUACAACCAAUCUCAGCAACUCUCAACAAACACAAGACAAAAAUACAUGA